AUGGAGAAAGAAGCAUUUGCGCUGAUUACAGCUGAGGAGCGAUUCGAAAAAUUCGUGUGGGGGCGGCAUUUCGUCCUGCAAACAGAUCAUCGACCGCUCCUGGCUCUUUCCCGGACGUCCAACACUAACGGCUUACAGGAACGCACCGCGGCAAGGCUCAAGCGUUGGGCUCUCCGCUUGGUCGGCUUCGAUUUCGAGAUCGAUUACGUCAAGACGGAGGAUUUCGGACACGCCGACGGGCUCUCGCGGUUGAUUUCUGAGACCCGAGACGCGAACGAUGACCCUGACCUCGACGAGGUCGUCGCUAACCUGGAACUGUCUGUAGAGGCUGAGCUUGAGACGUGUCUCAACGCGCUCAGCACGGAUCAAUUACGUCGUCGGCUCGUCAAGGAGACCGAGCUCGAUCCGAUUCUGAGCGAAGUCAUCCGAAGACUCACUCUGGGCUGGAAGGACGCCGAUGAGAAGGAUCCGCAACUUCGUCCGCUCUACAAGGCCGCCGACUCGCUGUGCUUAACGAAGAACGUUCUGCUUCUGAACGUCGUGGUCAGCUUUUCGAAAUACGUGGAUGCACAGUGGUUGCCCUCUCUGACUGCCGCAACGCUCAUCUCGUAUUUGAGACAGUUGUUCCGUCAUUUCAGUCCUCCGAACACAAUCGUCUCAGACAUUGGGGCACAAUUCACUUCCCAGGAAUUCGCCCAGUUCUGCUCCGAACUGAACAUCGUCCACCUGCGCUGCGCGCCCAGAAUGCCCAUUUCGAACGGGCUUGCGGAGAGCAUGAUUCGUACGCUCAAAUCUGCUCUCGACGGAGCCCAGAGGUCGCUUGACAGCGCAAUCAUGGCAUACAACUACGCGCCAAAGGCGACCAUCAACAACAAUACCCCGGCGAAAAAAUUCUUCGGCCGGGAUGUCAAGUGUCCGUUCGACAUCUACAAGCCGACAGAGGAUUCGUCGCCACGGACGCCAUAUCAGCACUCACUCAAACGCCAAUACGACACCUGUUGUCUCGCACCCCUCCGACUACCAUAUGGAUAUUGA